UCAUCCCCAUCAGAACUCACCAUCUGCCUGGAGGAAAUAAAGGCAUGGAUGGGACACAACUUCCUCCAACUCAACAGUUCAAAGACCGAAGCCAUCCUGGUUGGAACCCCUCACCAGAUCCAGUCAUCAACCAUAACCAGCAUCACCUUCUCUGGCUCCCAUAUCCCUCUCUCUUCAGCAGUCACCAAUCUUGGUGUUAUAAUG